AUUCACAAGCUUCCAUUUGGCCCUAGAGUCUUCACCUUUUCCCGUCCCGAACCCUUCAAUUCCAGUCAUGUAAGUGACUUUGGUCCAGCCUGGAACGACCCAAGGUUCCGAAGCGCGCAUCCCUCUCUAUGACGCCAGGAGCCCAGAAAGUCACCAUGGUCGCCUGCGGCUCUCUCUUUUCGCUGCUCUGCGUCCUGGCUUUGUUUCCGUUGAGCUAUGGCUCCGUGCAGGAAGGGGGUGUAUUCACGUACAAGCUUCGUCAUCAGCAUGCAGUUUCACCAGAUAAUCGGCCUACCACCUUCGGGUCUUACAAGCGGUGGCUGGAAAGGCAGACUCAGUCACGAGCAGCGGUUAUUCUGAAGCGCAUUCGAAAGGGAGCCAAGACCUCUGGAUCAAGAAAGCUUCAAGAAGGUGGUCAGGAAUCAACCCUUCCUAUCAAUGGAGGCGUUGAACAACUGGGGUCCUAUUAUGUUACACUGCAAUUGGGCUCACAGAAGGAACCACUGAACACCAUUAUUGACACUGGAAGCGAUCUACUGUGGGUCAGGUGCACCGGCUGCGCAAACUGCCCUCGGAAUACAAGAGCUCGUUCAUUCGAUGCUCAACAGUCAACAACUCGUCAGAGAGUAAAUUGUUCAGAGUGCAAACAGAUCAAUGAGACGACUUGCGCUGGACCGUAUAGGGCUGGCUGUGGAAUUGGUUGCACACGGUUGGGAGUUCGAGGUCGCUGCGUUGCUGGAUGCGGGCCAAAUGGCGCAAGUCGCUGCAAUUAUGCUGUCAUAUAUGGUGAUGGAAGCUACACUGGUGGAGUUGUUAUGCGAGACGUCUUAACUCUUUCAGGCCGCCCAACAGAGAUAUCAGCGCCUGUUGUUUUUGGUUGUGACUUCCAUGAGUCUCAGGGGCUUCUCAAAGAUCCCUUGAUUGGCCUGGUUGGCCUUGGCCAGAGCCCUCUUUCAAUCCCUUCACAGCUAGUGCGAGCAGGAAUUGUUCAAGGGAAUAUAUUAUCACAUUGUUUGGGCGGGGAGGAGGGGGGAGGUUUCAUAACCUUUGGCCCACCUCCUAUGGCUGACUCGAGCAUGCAGUUUGUGCCUAUGGGAAAUGACACUACGUGAACGGUGUCGAUUUGAGUAUUCCUGCUGGCACGUUUUCUGGAACCGGAGGUAUUAUUGACAGUGGUAGCACCGCCCUCACGCUGCCAGAAGCAGCGUACACUCCCCUCAGAGAGGCGGUGAUUCAAUCUGUUGAUGGCAAAGCUCAAAGGCUUUCUCAGGAAGAAAUCAAUCAGUUGGCUGGUGGGGAUGUUUCAUCUGUUUUGAAUCUGUGCUACAAUGUCUCUGCAAGUGAUACUACGACACUACAGUCUGUAUUCCCAACACUGGCGAUCGUGAUGGAUGGUGCCAACCUCGAUUUACCACCACAGAACUAUCUAUGGCUGUUUGACAAUUUGGUGUGCUUCUGUGUCUACGACUCUAAUAGUGUGGUGGGCCAGCCUAUCACCAUAAUUGGAGAUGUUGCUAUGCGCAACAAGUUGGUUGUGUAUGAUCGAGGGGCACGGAAGAUAGGAUUUCAAGCUCUUAGUUGUAGAAAUGCCUAAAUCAAAUUGAGACGUGCUUCAGGAUUUGUUUAGGAUUAUAAAGUAGCAGUCUUGUUUGUAGAUUGUCUUAAGCGUUUCUAUUGUACCAGUACAGAGUCUAGUGUGGAAUGUGUUA